CCAUCGCCAUUUUCUGCUCUCUUCCUUUCUCUCUCAUCAGCAAAAUGGACUUGAAUGAAGAAGUCAGGGCAGCUCACAAGCGAGAAUUCGCCGAUUUCUUGGACCAAGAUGUAGGGAAGGGAAUUUACAUGGACGAGAUCAAAGCGCUCAUCAAUCACAAGCGCCGCCGCCUCAUCGUCAACAUCUCCGAUCUUCACAGCUUCCGCGACUUGGGUAACAGGAUUUUGAGGAAUCCGAGCGAGUAUAUGCAAGCUUUCUGUGAUGCGGUGACUGAUGCUGUUCGUGCUAUUGAUCCCAAGUAUUUAAAGGAAGGGGAGCAGGUGCUUGUGGGUUUUGAAGGGCCUUUCGUUUCUCGCCGAGUCACGCCAAGAGAGCUUCUCUCUGAAUUCAUUGGUUCUAUGGUCUGUGUUGAGGGUAUUGUCACCAAAUGUUCGCUUGUAAGGCCAAAGGUUGUUAAAAGUGUUCAUUUCUGCCCCACCACUAGACAAUUCACCAGUCGAGAAUAUCGUGAUAUUACGUCCAACAUGGGCUUGCCCACAGGGUCUGUUUAUCCUACAAGGGAUGAAAGAGGCAACUUGCUGGUGACUGAGUACGGGUUGUGCAAGUACAAAGAUCACCAAACCUUGUCCAUCCAAGAAGUUCCUGAGAACUCUGCUCCUGGUCAGCUCCCAAGGACCGUGGAUGUCAUACUAGAGGAUGACCUUGUUGAUUCUUGCAAGCCUGGAGAUCGUGUGGCUGUUGUAGGGAUAUAUAAGGCUCUUCCAGGGAAAACCAAAGGAAGCGUAAAUGGAGUAUUCAGGACUGUGCUCAUAGCCAACAAUGUGUCUCUUCUCAACAAAGAGGCUAAUGCGCCAAUCUACAGUCCUGAAGACCUGAAAAACAUAAAGAAGAUAGCUGAAAGAGAUGAUGCAUUUGACCUACUUGGUAAUUCACUUGCACCUUCUAUAUAUGGGCAUUCAUGGAUUAAGAAGGCUGUGAUUUUGUUAAUGCUCAGUGGAGUUGAAAAGAACUUAAAGAAUGGCACUCACUUGCGAGGUGACAUCAACAUGAUGAUGGUUGGUGAUCCCUCUGUCGCCAAGUCUCAACUCCUGAGAGCAAUUAUGAAUAUUGCUCCUUUGGCCAUAUCAACUACGGGUAGGGGUUCUUCUGGGGUUGGUUUGACAGCAGCAGUUACUUCAGAUCAAGAAACAGGGGAAAGACGCCUGGAAGCUGGGGCAAUGGUUCUUGCUGACAGAGGUGUUGUCUGCAUUGAUGAAUUUGACAAGAUGAAUGAUCAAGAUCGUGUUGCCAUACAUGAAGUUAUGGAACAACAGACUGUGACUAUUGCAAAAGCUGGCAUUCAUGCAUCACUUAAUGCACGAUGCAGUGUGGUGGCUGCUGCAAAUCCCAUAUAUGGAAGUUAUGAUCGAUCACUUACUCCGACAAAAAAUAUUGGACUUCCAGACUCCUUACUUUCUCGGUUUGAUUUACUGUUUAUUGUGUUGGAUCAAAUGGAUCCCGAUAUUGAUCGUCAUAUAUCGGAGCAUGUCUUGCGUAUGCAUCGAUUUCGACCUGCUACUGAUGGAGGUGGGGCAGCACUUGAUGGGAGCUCAAGGUAUGGAAGAGAAGACGAAGCAGAGACUGAAUCGUCUGUGUUUGUAAAAUAUAACAGAAUGCUGCAUGGAAAGAAGACUGAAAGGGGUCGCAAACGUGAUACUCUCACGAUAAAGUUUCUUAAAAAGUAUAUCCAUUAUGCUAAACAUAGGAUUCAACCUGAACUUUCUGAUGAGGCUUCUGAGCAAAUUGCGACAGCAUAUGCUGAGCUCAGAAGUGCCAACUCAAAUGCAAAGACUGGAGGAACACUUCCAAUAACUGCCAGAACGCUAGAAACUAUAAUACGUCUCUCAACGGCUCAUGCCAAAUUGAAGUUGAGCCGGCAGGUUUCAAAGUCUGAUGUUGAUGCUGCUCUAAAGGUUCUUAAUUUUGCAAUAUAUCACAAAGAAUUAACAGAAAUGGUGGAGCGUGAGCUAGAGAGGGAAAAAGAACUUGAGAGAAAGCGUAAGGCGGAACAGGAUGCUGGUGGAGAUGAUGGUGCUGAUCAUGGUCCAAGAACUCGAAGAAGGUCAACGUCAGAUGCCAUGGAAGUAGAUGAUGAUACGCCAGCUGCUCAAUCUGCUGCCAGUCUCACUCCUGAAAGAAUCGAAGCGUUUAAUUCUCUGUUUGGUCAGCACAUGCGUGGCAACCGCCUGGAUGUUAUAUCCAUUGCAGAUUUAGAGACUGUUAUCAAAGGAGCUGAUUCCAGUUAUAGCUCCCAAGAUAUAUUGGACCUACUAAAGAAAUUGGAAGAUGACAAUAGAGUGAUGAUAGCUGAUGGAAGGGUGCAUAUGAUAUCAUAAGAUGUAAGAUGGGUUGCACAAUCUCUUGUACAAAAAUUCUUCUGGCAAGGAGAAGAAUUUGAUGUUCGCAUAGUCUGCAGUUUUCAUUCUCCGGAGUUUGUCCAUCUUCCUCUCAUUCAUAGUAACAUUCAACCAAAGGAAAAAACAAAUGCAGUGGAGCUUGUAGGAGUCAGAAUUUUAUGUAAUCGACCAUGAAGUUUGUUGUUAACCUUAGUUUAUUUUGUUUUUUGGGUAGUUCUCUGUUCAUAUUAAGGCACCAUAUUCAUAUGCCUGAUUAUCUAUUUCAGUUCGGGCAAGUGGUCUCACUAGAGCAUUUCUCUGGUCACCCACUAGCUUAAAACCGCACUCUAAAGCAAUCGACAUUUUAAUUUUGUUGCUGCGCUGUACAUUAUCGUGAUUCGUGAAACUAAAUUUCCAUUUUCUACGUUAA